AUGAUGGGAAAAUCCUCCUUCCCUUGGACAUGGCGCGUACCUGCCCGGCAACCCCGGCCGGCUGCAGCACCGCGCUGUACCGGUCCGCUCUGUCCAGCGUCUGCCGCGCGUUGGGCGGCGGCGGCGGGGGCGGGGGCUCGACUGGAGCUCACCGGCACACAUCACCUUACUGAGUCCCAGGGUGCUGAGCCCCAGGGCACGCACGAUCCCUGGCAUGGCGUCCCAGGUGUUGCAGCUGCUCAGGCAGGGCGUGUGGGCCGCGCUCACAGGGGGCUGGUACCACGACCCUGAGCAUAGCAAAUUCACCAACAGCUGUCACCUCUACCUGUGGCUGUUUCUGCUGCUGCUGCCACUGGCCCUGCACCUGGCUUUCCCUCCAAAUACCCUCACCGCACUGUUCUACUGCGCCUCUGUGACCAUCUUCUUUGCAAUCAUCAAGCUCAUCAGCUACCGCCUGCACCUCAUGUUCGACAAGGGAGAAGUGAUCCAGCCCCGAUCCCCUCGAAAGAAAAAGAAGCGAAGGCCAGAGGGAGAAGCCAGCAGCCAGCACACAGCCAGCCACAAAAACCCACGCAAUAACAGGCAGAUUCACAGCGCCAAGAAGGAAGAGCCUCGAGGGAGCCUGCCCACACCACCCCUCCGCUGCAGCUCCCGAGGGCAGAGCGCCCACUCCCAGCAUUCCUCGCCACUGGAGUUGCCAGCACAGGAGACAGUAGAAGACCUCAAAGGUGUUGUCCUGUCAGAGGAUCAACCCGAGGCAGUGGUAUCAUCUACCUCACCUGGCAUCAAGUCGGAAAGCCUACCUGCUUCUCAGGGCCGUACACCUGAACCCACUCCCAAACCAGCAGGGCCAAUGAAGCCAGUAACCCCAGAGAUCCUCACUGGAAGAAAAGGGAAAGAGCCAGGGGGCACUGGCCGGCGCCCAGCCCGCCACAGGUCUGAGAGUGGCCUGGUGAACACAAGAGCCUUGAAGAAGUUGCCACACCUGUCGUUGUCCCAGUAUGACUUAUUAGAAACUGAUAUUUCCUUCCAGCCAUGGGGCAGUGAGCACUCAGCUCUGAUUCCACAGUCCACCAAUUGUCCCCAGGGCCCCACCAGGGCACAGUCACAGAGCAGAUCACCUCAGGACAGCCUGAGCAGCAGCUGCUGCCAGUGCAACACAGUCCUGGCCAAACCCACCGAAGAAGAGGAGCUGACCCGAACGUCCGGUCAGGUGGAACUGCCCUUGAACCAGGAAGUGGUUGACUCUGAUGGCGAGGUUGCAGUGACCCUCAUUGAUAACUCUCAGCCUGGGGAACCGCGGAGUCUGCAUGAGCCCAUUAAGAUAGUUAUCACCAUGAGCAGCACCCCAAACUCCAUGAGUGACCUGGAGAGUUCCCUGCACCUGAAGGUAACCAGCUCUGAGAGAACCAGUGUCAGGCCUGAUGCAGAGCCUUCUGGUCCUGCAGACUCUGAGCAGGUCAGAAUUCCUCUGAUCACCCUUGAGUUAACUGAGGAUGGAGGAGGAAGAGGCAUCUCUUGUCCUGAAAGAAAUGGAGGAGAAACGACCCCAGAGAGAGUGGAGCUGACGUCAUCUGACCAUUGUCCUGGCUGUGGAUCUGGGGACGGAGAGUGUAGCACCAAGGGUGGCAGUCCCACCCCAAGGUGUGCCUGGGAACCAGGCCCCACACCGGCACCACUCACACACAGGAGUCAUGAGUCUGAGGGGAGCAGGGAGGGCCAGACUAACCUUGACCCAGCCUCUUGUAAGAGCAGUCAUGAGAAAAGACAUGCCCGUGUGCUCAGUGUGGACAGCGGGACUGAUGUGUUCUUGAGCCGGAGUACCAAGGAGGUGACCAGUGACAGCGAGAAACCCAUCCCAACGUCCAAAUCAGACUUGGAAGCCAAGGAAGGACAGAUUCCAAAUGAGUCCAACUUCCUAGAGUUUGUCUCCCUAUUGGAAUCCAUCAAUACAUCCAAAGUGGUGGCCCCCGACUCAGCAGCAGAGCAGAAAGGAGCAAAUCAGGAUUCUGAAGAUCGUGCCUCCCCAAGGACCAAGGAAGAAGCUGUGGAGUGUGAAAAACCCAGUGGACAUGAUCCAAAGCCAGGAAAACCAGAUUUGCCGAGCCAAGACCAUGCAGUCGCCAGCCCAGUGUCCACAGAGCCUGCCAAGACCACAGCACUUUUCCAGGGCAGUCGGCAAAGACAGAUCAUCUACAGAGUGACUUCCCAACAAGACAGCUCAGUACUACAGGUCAUCAGUGGGCCAGAAACCUCUGUACAGGAGGAAAUUUCCCUGGAUGCCAUGCACGUUUUCAUCGAUGAGCAUGGAGAAAUCAGGUCGUGUUAUUUAAAGUCUGGAAAUCAGAAAGAAGGCUCCUGCCAGCAUCGGUCCUCGAACCCUGACUGUGCCUCACGUGCCAGAGAGGUCCUUCUCAGCUCCUCCAGUCCGACCACUUCAGGAAGUCCAGAUCCAUCCUCAGGGGACCCUGCUGUCAAUGCUCUUCAACAGCAGCUGUUACUCAUGGUGGCUCGAAGGACGCAGUCGGAAACCCCACAGCAUGUGAGCCAGGAUCUGGAAGAUUCAUCACGUUCUUCGGCACAAGGAAAGUUUAACCGAGAGCAGUUUUACAAGUUCAUCAUUUUCCCCGGGAAGUGGAUUAAAGUCUGGUAUGAUCGACUCACCUUGUUGGCACUAUUGGAUCGAACUGAAGAUGUGAAGGAAAAUGUGGUAGUGAUUCUGCUCAGCGUUCUGGUUUCCCUCUUGGGCUUUCUGACACUGAAUCGUGGCUUCUGUAGAGACUUGUGGGUGCUGCUCUUCUGCCUGGUUAUGGCCAGCUGCCAGUACUCCCUGCUCAAGAGCGUCCAGCCUGACCCUGCUUCACCAAUACACGGACACAACCAAAUCAUAGCCUAUAGCAGACCAAUCUAUUUCUGUAUGCUGUGUGGCCUUAUUUUGCUUCUUGAUGCAGGGGCCAAAGCCAGGCACCCUCCCAGCUAUGUUGUAUAUGGCCUGAAGCUCUUCUCACCAGAGACCCUGCAAUCAGUCAGGGACCAUUUAAUAGUGUUUCUGUGCUGCUUCCCUGUGCUCUCCCUCCUCGGGCUCUUCCCACAGAUCAACACCUUCUGCACGUACCUCCUGGAACAAGUCGACAUGCUGCUCUUUGGAGGUUCUGCUGUUUCUGGAAUCACAUCAGCUGUGUACAGUGUGGGCCGGAGUGUCUUGGUAGCAGCCCUGCUCCAUGCCUUCUGCUUCAGUGCCGUGAAGGAACCAUGGAGCACACAGCACAUCCCAGCACUGUUCUCAGCUUUCUGUGGCCUGCUGGUUGCACUGUCUUACCAUCUAAGUCGGCAGAGCAGUGACCCAUCAGUGCUCCUGUCCUUCAUUCAGUGCAGAUUGCUUCCUACAUGCUUGCAUCAGAACCUGGAAGAGUCAGCCACAGACCCUCUCCCUCAGAGUAUGAAGGAUUCGGUGAAGGAUGUCCUGCGAUCAGAUCUUGUCAUCUGCUCGGCAGCAGCUGUCCUCUCCUUUGCAGUCAGUGCCAGCACUGUCUUCCUGUCCUUACGGCCUUUUCUCAGCAUCGUGCUCUUUGCCCUGGCAGGCACGGUGGGGCUCAUCACCCACCAUCUGCUCCCUCAGCUCCGAAAGCACCACCCCUGGAUGUGGGUUUCACACCCUGUGCUCAAGAGCAAGGAGUGCCAGCAACGGGAAGCAAGAGAUGUUGCUCAUUUAAUGUGGUUCGAGAGACUCUAUGUGUGGCUUCAGUGUUUUGAAAAGUAUCUCUUAUACCCGGCUAUCGUCCUGAAUGCUCUCACUCUUGAUGCCUUUUCCAUAAGCAACUACAGGAGACUUGGCACCCACUGGGACAUUUUUCUGAUGAUCACUGCAGGCAUGAAGCUACUGAGGACAUCGUUCUGUAACCCAGUUCACCAGUUUGCUAACUUGGGAUUCACAGUCAUCUUUUUCCACUUUGACUACAAGGACAUUUCUGAGAGUUUCCUUCUGGAUUUCUUCAUGGUGUCCAUUGUGUUCACCAAGCUUGGGGACCUGCUUCACAAACUGCAGUUUGUUCUGGCCUACGUGGCCCCUUGGCAGAUGGCCUGGGGUUCCCCCUUUCACGUGUUUGCCCAGCUCUUCGCCAUCCCUCACUCCGCCAUGCUUUUCUUCCAGACAUUCGCCACCUCGAUCUUCUCUACGCCCCUGAGCCCUUUCCUUGGGAGCGUCAUAUUCAUCACGUCCUAUGUCAGACCAGUGAAGUUCUGGGAGAGAAGCUAUAAUACAAGGCGUGUGGAUAAUUCCAACACAAGAUUGGCUGUGCAAAUGGAAAGGGACCCAGGGAGUGACGACAACAACCUCAACUCCAUCUUCUAUGAGCACCUGACCCGGACCCUGCAGGAGACGCUCUGCGGAGACCUGGUGCUUGGCCGUUGGGGCAACUACAGCACUGGCGACUGCUUCAUUUUGGCUUCAGAUGACCUCAAUGCCUUUGUCCACCUGAUCGAAAUUGGAAACGGUCUUGUGACCUUUCAACUCCGAGGACUAGAGUUCCGAGGAACCUACUGCCAGCAGAGGGAGGUGGAGGCCAUCAUGGAAGGUGAUGAGGAUGACAGAGGCUGCUGCUGCUGCAAACCUGGCCACCUGCCACACCUGCUGUCCUGCAAUGCUGCCUUCCACCUGCGCUGGCUCACCUGGGAGAUCACACGCACACAGUACAUCCUGGAGGGCUAUCGCAUCAUUGACAACAAUGCAGCCACCAUGCUGCAGGUGUUUGACCUCCGCAGAGUGCUUGUCCGCUACUAUGUCAAGAGUAUAAUAUACUACAUGGUUACUUCCCCCAAACUCCUCUCCUGGGUCAAGAACGAACCCCUGCUGAAGUCCCUCCAGCCCUUCGCCAAGUGGCAUCACAUCGAGCGUGACCUUGCAACGUUUAACAUCAACAUCGAUGACGAUUACGUUCCAUGUCUCCAGGGGAUCACACGGGCAAGUUACUGCACCGUGUUCCUGGAAUGGAUUCAGUUCUGCGCAGGGAAGAGACAGGAGCUCUCCAAGACCCUGGAACCUGUGGACAGUGAUGAAGACUCGCCUCUGGUGACACUUUCCUUUGCCCUGUGCAUUCUGGGAAGGCGAGCUCUGGGAACAGCAGCACACAAUAUGGCCAUGAGCCUGGAUUCAUUUCUGUAUGGGCUGCAUGCCCUCUUCAAAGGUGACUUCCGGGUCACAGCUCGAGAUGAGUGGGUAUUUGCCGACAUGGACCUGCUGCACAAAGUUGUUGUUCCAGCCAUCCGGAUGUCCCUGAAACUGCACCAGGACCAGUUCACCUGCCCUGAUGAAUAUGAAGACCCGGCAGUUCUCUAUGAGGCCAUCCAGUCCUUUGAGAAGAAGGUCGUGAUCUGCCACGAGGGAGACCCAGCCUGGAGGAGCGCUGUGCUGUCCAACAAGGAGGAGCUGUUGACUCUGAGGCACGUGGUGGACGAGGGUGCUGAUGAGUACAAGGUCAUCAUGCUCCACAGGGGUUUCCUGAGCUUCAAGGUCAUCAAGGUGAAUAAGGAGUGUGUGCGAGGACUCUGGGCAGGGCAGCAGCAGGAACUCAUCUUCCUGCGCAACCGCAACCCAGAGCGUGGAAGCAUCCAGAACAACAAGCAGGUCCUGCGCAAUCUCAUCAACUCCUCCUGCGACCAGCCACUGGGAUACCCCAUGUAUGUCUCCCCGCUGACCACAUCCUACCUGGGCACCCACAAGCAGCUGCAGAGCGUCUGGGGUGGGCCCGUCACACUGAACCGUAUGAGGACAUGGUUCCAGACCAGGUGGCUAAGGAUGAGGAAGGACUGCAGUGUGGGCCAGAGCACUGGUGGCAACAUCGAAGAUGUAGAUGGCGGAGCCGUACCAUCAGCAGGUGACAGUAAUGCCCCUAAUGGAGAGAGCCGGGACAGCAGCAUGGAACAACCCAGGAAUGGAGGCACCCAGCAAGGGGCCUCGCCCCGCGGAGGGGGUCAUAGGGCAGGCAGAAGGAAAGGCAGAAGCCAGUCCGUCCAGGCACACUCAGCAAUAAGCCAGAGGCCACCUACUCUGAGCUCCUCGGGUCCUAUCCUAGAGAGCCACCAAGCCUUCCUUCAGACAUCCACCUCUGUGCACGAGCUAACCCAGAGACCCUCAGGCAGCCGGCUCUCCUUGCACACCUCGGCUGCAUCCUUGCACUCCCAGCCACCUCCCGUAACCACCACAGGCCACCUGAGUGUCCGAGAGCGGGCCGAGGCACUUAUUCGGUCUAGCCUGGGCUCUUCAACCAGCUCUACUCUCAGCUUCCUCUUUGGCAAAAGGAGCUUCUCCAGUGCACUUGUCAUAUCUGGACUCUCUGCUGCAGAGGGGGGCAACACCAGUGACACCCAGUCAUCCAGCAGCGUCAACAUUGUGAUGGGCCCUUCUGCAAGGGCUGCUGGCCAUGCUACUCGGCACUUCUCUGAGCCAUGUGAACCCACUGAUACCCCAGAGCAAGGGCAGCUUCGAGAUCGGCGACUGGCAGAGGCUGUAGCAGAGAACCUGGGGGUGCUGUGCCGGAGAGCAAGCCAGGAGGACAUGGGCCUGGAUGACACAGCUUCCCAGCAGAGUGCCUCCGAUGAGCAAUAGUGGAACACAUGUCUGUGGACUCUCUCCCUUCCCCCAAAACCUCAUGGUUCUCCCUGGGGGAAAAGGAGAGCUAUUCUAGAAAAAAAUAACUUUAUCUCAGGUUCUUGAUCUCAAUAACUCUCACAUAGUGGGGGUCAGGAGAAGGCACUGCACCUCCUCCCUCAAGCACCUCACAAGAGUUGGACAUGUCUCACAAAAGCCAUGUUAUAUCUUAAAGCAAUUAGAGUGAGUAGAGCCCAUGACUGGCUCCUUCCUGCCCUGGUAACAUUAGAACAGCUGCAUGCUAAAUUAUUGGCAUUUUACACAUUAUUGUCACCAUGAGAGAGCCCUGAGUCACAGCUCCUGAGGCCAUCAGGCCACAGGCAUUCAGGUUAAGUCCAAAUGGAAAGAGCCUCAUUCUUUAUUACCUUUGCGCAGCUGGAAGUGCAAGCCACUAGCAACAGCCUGAUGGUGCAUUGGUCCAGGAUGAGAGUUUAGAGGUGAUAUGCUCCUCCCUCAAGUUCUGGGCCACCCAGGACUCCUGCUUGCUUCCCAGGAAUGCAUGCUCGUCUUCCAAGCUGAGCAAGCAAGCUCUACUGUAUCUGAGCACAUUUGCACACACCUUUGUUGUAGGGAUUAAAAUGUUUACAGUGA